CUUUCCUUCUUCGCCCCUUGACCUUCUUCCCUCCUUCGUCGCCCGCUUCUGGUCUUCUGCUGAUCAUUGCCAUCCCGCGUUGAUCUUCCUGUCCACUCACUCCGACGUCGAAUCGACAAGAAUAUCUCGGGUCGAUUGGAAUAACCAACGCUUUUCCCACUCACCUCGACUAAUAAAGGACAGGUCGGCUCGCACUCAUGUCUUCCAACGGUGGUGUCGCGGCGCCCGCUCUGGCGCGCAAGAAGCUCAUGGGCUACGUCGGCUUCGCCAACCUGCCCAACCAGGUCCACCGCAAGAGUGUGCGAAAGGGCUUCACUUUUACGUGCAUGGUCGUCGGUGAAUCCGGUCUCGGAAAGUCGACCUUGAUCAACACGCUCUUCAACAGCCGACUCUACCCCAGGAAGGAGGUUCCCCCUCCGCACCAGGAGCGGCCAAAGACUGUUGCCAUUGAGAGCAUCAGCGCUGAUAUCGAGGAGAGUGGCGUGCGACUCCGCCUCACUGUCGUUGACACGCCGGGCUUCGGUGACUUUGUCAACAACGAUGAUAGCUGGAAGCCUAUCGUCGACAACAUCGAGUCUCGCUUUGACGCCUACCUCGAGCAGGAGAACCGGGUGAACCGAGCCAAGCUCGUCGACAACCGUGUCCAUGCCUGCCUCUACUUUGUCCAGCCCACCGGUCAUGCCCUGCGCCCCAUUGACAUUGAGUUCAUGCGACGACUGCACCAGAAGGUCAACCUGAUUCCCGUUAUUGCCAAGUCGGACACCAUGACCGACGAGGAGAUCACCCAAUUCAAGGCCAGGGUCCUCAACGACAUUGCCCACCACCGCAUCGAGAUCUUCCACGCGCCCGUCUAUGACAAUGAAGAUGAGGAGACGAUCGCCGAAAACGAGGAGAUUGUCCGCAAGAUCCCCUUCGCCGUCGUUGGCUCAGACACCGAGAUUGACACGCCAGACGGAAGGCGGGUUCGCGGCAGGGCCUACCCCUGGGGUGUCAUUGAGGUGGACAACGAGGAGCACUGCGACUUUGUCAAGCUGCGCCAGAUGCUCAUCCGCAGCCACAUGGAGGAGCUCAAGGAGCACACCCACGAGGUCCUCUAUGAAAAGUACCGAAGCGAGAAGCUCGUUGGCAUGGGCGUGACGCAAGACCACUCGGUCUUCAAGGAGGUCAACCCGGCGGCAAAGAUGGCCGAGGAGCGUGCCCUGCACGAGGCCAAGCUGCAAAAGAUGGAGAACGAGAUGAAGCUCGUGUUCCAGCAAAAAGUGGCAGAGAAGGAGGCCAAGCUCAAGCAGAGCGAGGAGGAGUUGUAUGCUCGUCACCGGGAGAUGCGCGACCAGCUCGAGAAGCAACGCCUCGAGCUCGAAGACAAGAAGAGGAGACUCGAAAGCGGCAGGCCGCUCACGCCGGAAAAGAUCAAUGCAUACCAGCAGCAGACAAAGAAGAAGGGCUUCUCGUUGCGAAAUUAGGUCGUCUCGCCUCGUCUCACUUCGUACUGUACCCCGCCCUCGUGGGCGGACCUCUCCAGUCUCCCAUGUACGGACUCUCGCCCUCUUCGUUUUUCAUCGCGAGAGAACCCCUCUUUCCCUCCUUGCGACGCCUCUUUGUUACCAGGCCUAUUCUUCUCUUCUCCUUCGCCUUGUCCCUCUCUUGGUCUAUCACUUUUAUACGAAUUUUGUGAAUGUGAAACCGUGAUAAGCAAGAGGGAAGGCUACCGUCUCCACCACC